AUGUCUAGGUCUAAAUGCUUUCCCGUUCUUAUGCUUCCGCAGGUUGGUGCGUGUCUGGGAUUGGCUAUACUGGUUUUCCAAGAGGUUGCUCGGAUGACAGACUUCCUUGGGCCAAGACAUGUUCUUGAUUUUGCUGCUGCCAGUUUUCAGAAGUCGAAAACUGGGAACCCAUUGGAGACAAAGUAUCCAUAUGUUUGUCAUGCUGAAGUCAAUGCCAUACUAAACACAAACCACACAUCUGCGGCUGGACAGAAGCUUUACGUGACAAUGUACCCUUGCAACGAAUGUGCCAAGAUUAUUAUACAGUCUGGUGUUACUGAGGUAAUCUAUUUUGUGGAAAAGAGAUUAAAUGACUCAGAUAUUGCCUACGUAGCUUCUCACAAGCUCUUAGCCAUGGCCAACAUCAAAGUUAGGAAACAUCAACCACAGAUGGAUCAGAUCUUGAUCAAGUUUGAAGAAGACUUGCUCUGACCAGGGGCCUAAUUGCACCAAUUUAAAACGUAGGGCCAAAUCUGAGACUCUUGAGAUCACUGUAUUUCAGACAUGGAUUCACUUAAAGACUGGCUCUUUUCUUCUUUUAUUAUAUUUCUGUUUGAACGUUUAUAACACAAAUUCAAGAACAUUGGCACAAACAGACAGAGAAGCAUACGAACUCAUAGACGAAUUUACACAAGAAAGAGACCAUUUUGUUAGACUCGGUAGUUUUCGGGAAGAGGCAUGACACCAUCAAAGAAAUCCCCAAAAUAGCCAGAGGGCUCAUGGACGAGUCUUGCGAUGAUGUCUCUUAAAGUGAUGAGUCCUUCGAGGUUACCUGAAUCAUCAACCACAUAUAUCCUAUGGAUCUUCUCAGUGUCUAGCAUCAAGAUCAGUUCCUUUAGCGUAUGGUUCUUUGUGCAAGCGAUGACACCACUCAUCAUAGGUGCUGAUGUAUCCCCACGCUUCUCCAGAUGCUCUCUCACUGCUACUAAGAAGUUCUUCGUUGUGAUUGACCUGUAGUCAUGGUAAAUAUCUGGUGCAGUGAGGAGAAAGUGAACAUCUCUAAUGCUUAUGUUGCCUACUGGCUUCUCACUUUUCCUUUCAACCACGGGUAUGCCUCCGAUUCUCUUUCUCCUCAUCAGCUUGAACGCCUUUAUGAUAUGAUACUUUGACAUAUUGGGAAGACCGACUUCAGAGAGAGUUUUGAGUCCCCAGUCCUCGAACCAGUGAAGUCCCGCGCAUUCUGCAAGCAUAUGGAUAACUCCUGACUGUGUGAUGAUGUUCUCGAUCUUUGCUUCACCUAAAUCAACCACAGGGAUGCUCUUCAUUUUGUACUUGCACAGAAGUAACAGCAUUGUUAAAAAGGAGUUCUCUUUCUGCAGAGCCAGGAACGGUGCCCAUCGGAAUGUUCCAGAGAUAUCUCGAACCUGUCACAGAGAAAUAUCAGAAACGUUUGUUUGGUUCUAAUCAAACUCGAAAUAAAAAGAGGAAGAUUUUUCUACCAACAGAGAGUAAAUGGACAUUACUCCAAACCAAAGGAACACAAUCUCAGAUUCUAAAGCCAUUGUAUUGUUAACACAUCACUUUUUUUUUUUUUGGUGUAAGUUAACACAUCACUUUACAACCAAAAACCAAAAUAAGUUUUUAACACACAAAACACCAAAAUGCUACAAUCUUGGCAUCUGAAGCAAUCGAGACCAUUGACUUGAAACUCGGGGAAGGACACGUGAACGAUUACAUCUCAUGCAACACUAAUGACCGAUUGGUAGGGUGCCGCCGGUGAGUACGGAGAGGCGGAGGAAACACGUGAAAGUUGCGGUGGAUGGUGCGGCCUAUCUCAGAAAAACUCGAUCUAGGGAUGUACGAUUGCUACAGUCAUCUUUUCACCGCUCUAGAAAACAUGUUUCAAGGGCACGUAACAAUGUGUAAGGUGACGACUGAGUUGGAGAGGAGCGGAGAGUUUAUGGCAACUUACGAGGAUAAGAACGGUGACUGGAUGCUGGUCGGAGAUGUGCCGUGGAUGUGAGUUCCCUGAAUUACCCUUGUGGAUAUAGAUCACUUAACUUACUUGAUUACUAUUUGCACACAAAAAAAAACACUUGAUUACUCUUUACGUCUUAAUGAAACGCAAA